UUAGCUAGAUCCCCCACACAAAAAAGCUGAGUUAGCUAGCUCGAUCAUCUUCUAAACAAGCACAUCGAGCAUUGAUUCUGUCGGUGCUACGAUGGCCAUGCGUCCAUCAAUAAUAUGGACGGCACUUUUGCUGCCUGUGCUGUUCCUCGCCGAUAGCCUCCUGGCCCUCCAGCCGCCAGCGACAUGCCAGCAGAAAUGCGGCAGCGUGGAAAUGCGCUUCCCGUUCGGCAUCGGCGACGGCUGCUUCCUGCCGGGCUUCGAGAUCGAGUGCACCACCGGCGGCACGCCGAUCCUCGCGGGCAACAUCAACAAGUUAGCGGUCAUGAACCUGACCGUGAUGCCGCGACCGGAGGCCGAGGUGAUGCUGCCCAUAGCGUAUAAUUGCUACAACACCACCAGCGGGGCCAACUUGAAUUGGUUCAAUGGCAGCAUCGGCAUCAACCCCGCGUACCGCAUCUCCAACACCAGCAACGAGCUCGUCGUCCUCGGCUGCAACACCUUUGCCUACACCAACAGCGGGCCGUCUAAUACCAACUUCUACAGCUUCUACACCGGGUGCGUGGCCUACUGCGACCGCGAAGGGAGGGCGCAGGACGGCGCCUGCGCGGGCAUCGGCUGCUGCCGCGUGGAAAUCCCGCCGGGACUCACGGACAACACCAUGACAUUUUUCGCUUCCGAACUUGGUAGCAGUGCCUAUGGCUAUGACCACACGAACAUGACCUACAGCCCCUGCGACUACGCAUUCAUAGUGAAGAAGAACACCUACGACUUCCGGGUGUCCGACCUCAAAAUGGAUAAUCCGAGGUCGACCACCAAGCCGCUGGUGCUUGACUGGGCAAUCCGCAACAGCGAAGACGGCAACAAGACCUGCGCCGAGGUGAAAAACAAGCCGGGGUACGCCUGUGUCAGCGACAACAGUGAGUGCCUCGACUCCUACAAUGGCGAAGGAUACAUCUGCAAUUGCACCAAGGGCUUCUGGGGCAACCCAUACCUUACCGGCAAGGGCGGAUGCGAAGAUAUCAAUGAAUGCGAUGAUGAGUGGAAACCGUAUAACCCUUGCAAGGGAGUAUGCCACAACAAAGUUGGCUGGUACGAUUGCAAAUGCCCUUCUGGACAAAAGGCUCAUGAUGACAAUGCAUAUGAGAAUGUUUGCAACCCAACAUUCCCUGUUGAAGCAAGGAUUGCCCUUGGCAUCAGUCUAGGAGUAUUCAUACUUAUUGUCGCUCUCCUCCUAGCAUUCAUUAUGCUCCAGAAGAGAAAACUGGAUAAACUUUUUGAAAAGAACGGAGGCGACAUGCUUAAAAAUGUGAAUGGUCUCUCAAUUUUCACAAAAGAUGUACUAAAGAAAAUCACAAAAGAUAAUGCAGAGUUCCUUGGAAACGGAAGUUUUGGUAAUGUGUACAAAGGAACUCUUCCUGACAAUACCAUGGUGGCAGUCAAGGCAUCUAUCAAGGUAGAUGAAGCUACAAAGGAGGAAUUUGUUGAUGAAGUUGAGAUCCAGACACAGAUGAUCCACAAGAACAUACUCAAGCUCGUUGGUUGCUGCCUAGAGGUGGAAGUUCCAGUGUUGGUGUAUGAGUUCGCAGCAAAUGGGAGCCUCCAAGACAUCCUGCACCGCAAAAAGGAUCAAGUACUCCCCUUGGACUCACGUUUGGACAUUGCAAUUGGCUCUGCAGAAGGGUUAAAAUAUAUGCAUAGUUAUGCAACUCAUGCCAUGAGACAUGGUGAUGUCAAGCCAGACAACAUACUUCUGGAUGACAAGUUGACACCAAAAAUCGCAGAUUUUGGGUUGUCCAAACUACUGAAAGAAGAAUAUUAUGCCAAGGUAGUGGUUGGGUGCAUGGGUUACAUAGAUCCGGUAUUUAUGAAAACUGGCCUUUUGACACAGAAGAGUGAUGUGUACAGCUUUGGAGCGGUUUUGUUGGAGCUCAUUACAGGGAAGAAAAAUGUUUAUGAUGAGAAACUUAGUCUCAUUAUUGAGUACCGCAAAAUUUAUGAAAAGGAAAGGAGUGGGAGGGCAAUGUUUGACAAUGACAUUACAACCGAAGAAGAUAUAUCUGUCCUUGAAGAAAUGGGCAAGCUAGCAAUGGAUUGUCUAAAGGAAGAUUUAGAUGAACGGCCAGAUAUGACAGAGGUAGCCGAACAAUUGGUGAUGAUUAGGAGAAACAAGAAGUUUGGCAAAUCAAACAAUACAAAUCCUGACAGCAUUGGGGAUAUUACCAUAUAUAAUUCUCCUACCAACACAGAGGUCGCCAGUGGAACUACUAGGGCCAAUAUUUCAGCGAAGGUAGCUCCCAGCAACAUGGACAUCCUUCCUAGUCCAUAGGCCACUAAAUGAAAAGGCACCAGGGAAACCCAAUAAUUUGUAUCUUAUUAUAUUUCCAAGCUUUGUGUGUAAGUUGGAGACAUGCAAAAUAUUAUUGUAGUGUGUGUGUUUUUUUUGUUUUUUUGGAUUUCUGUAGUGUGAUGUUGAUGCCCUCUUGUGGGUAAUCAACUGAAAUAUGUAAUGUUCAUCAAUAUUAUAAGUCUAAUUUUUAAUUCCUUA